AUGGAUCAGACAAAGAAGCACAUCAAAGUAUCUCCCGAGGAGAGGGCUAAUGUCUUUUCCAAAAUCUUUUAUUGGUGGUUUUUGCCUUUCUAUUAUUUCGGUUAUAAAAACGACAUACAGCUAAAGGACAUAUACAAUGCUUCGAAAUCGGAUUACUCUGAAAUGUGGGGAGAUAAAUUGCAAAUGAAUUGGGAAAAAGAAUUAAAGAAAAACAAACCCAACUUAAAACGUGCGAUUUUCUAUACGUUCGUCAAACCGUACUCACUAUCAGGAAUUGUUCUAUUCUUUCAACACAACAUUAUGAAAAUGAUACUACCAGCAGUAUUGGCUGAAUACAUAAAUUAUUUCGAUCAUGGAAAAGACGCCGAUGCCAUAAUGGGUUGGUUCUGGGCGACGUCGAUGAUCGUCGUCGCCUUCAUAAUAGUCGUUUGCUAUCACGGCUCGGAGAUGUCGGCCCAAAGGGUGGGAAUGCGGGCGAGAGUAGCCGUCUGCUCGCUGAUGUACCGAAAAACGCUGAAGUUGAACCACAAGUCGCUCGGCCAAACAGCCAUAGGCCAGCUGGUCAAUCUCAUGUCGAACGACGUCCAACGGUUCGAGUUGGUGUCACUGUUUUUGCACUAUAUGUGGGUGACGCCCAUCAACGUCCUCGUUUCCUUCUACGUUAUGUAUCGGAGCGUCGGAAUCGUCGCCGCCGCCGCCGGAAUGGGCGCUAUCAUCUUGGAAUCCAUACCGAUACAAGCUUUCCUGUCGAAUCUACAGGGAAAAUUCCGGUACCAAAUAGCUAUCAAAACCGACAGACGAGUGAAGCUGAUGAACGAAAUUACGUCGGGUAUACAGGUGAUCAAGAUGUAUGCUUGGGAGAAACCCUUCGAAAAAAUGGUGACACUGUCUAGAAAGUUCGAAGUAAAUUACAUCAAGAAAUCGUCUUUUAUCUUCGGAAUGAUAUCGUCGAUGGCCGUAUUUUCGGAACGAUUAUGUUUGUACGUUUCUGUAAUGACGGUUGUAUUGUUAGGUAAGAGCAUAAGAGGAGACGUCAUAUUUUCCAUGGCACAAUUAUUCAACACUGUACAACUCACGGUUUGCAUAUGCUUCCCCUGGUGUCUAUCCUUUUACGCCGACACCAAAGUAUCACUAGCAAGAAUUGAAAAAUUCCUGCUGUUAGAGGAAGUGGAUACCGAGAACCUCAUCACAAGUGAGGAAGAGGUGGGCGAAGUAAAACUUAAUGGCGUCACGGCCAGCUGGAUGCCGGACUCAAUCGCUCCUACUCUCAUUGAUCUGACCUUCCGAAUCGAACCGGGCAAGUUAUGCUGUGUUGUUGGUAACGUCGGUGCCGGCAAAAGCAGCAUAUUACAGUUGCUGCUUAGAGAGUUGACUACAAAAUCGGGCACAAUGACCACCAACGGGAGGAUCGCUUUCGCAUCGCAAGAACCUUGGCUGUUCGUCUCCAGCGUGCGGAACAACAUUUUGUUCGGGAAGCCUUACGACAGGGAAAGGUAUCGUGAAGUGGUAAAAGUGUGCUCGUUGAUCAAAGACAUUGAGCAAUUUCCCUUUGGUGAUAAAACAUUGGUGGGAGAAAGAGGAGUGUCGUUGAGCGGAGGUCAAAGGGCCAGAGUGAAUUUGGCGAGGGCUGUGUACAGCGAAGCAGACAUAUACCUAUUUGACGAUCCUCUAUCGGCGGUGGAUACGAAAGUCGCUAGACACCUUUUCGAGGAAUGUUUUAUUAGGUACUUGAGCGGCAAAACGAGAGUGUUGGUAACGCAUCAAUUGCAAUUUAUGAAACAAGCCGAUUUGAUUAUAACUUCUAAAUUUGGCGAUGACAUGCAAGAAAAGGAUGAAUUAAUUGAAAAAGGCGACAUUAAAACCGAAACGUACAUGGCCUAUUGGAAAGACGGUGGUGGAUGGUUUUUACUACUCUUCACCCUAUCAAUGUUCAUCAUCGCUCAAAUAGCUUCAAACGCAGCCGAUUUGUGGCUAACACAUUGGACUAACGUGGAAAAAGAACGAAUCAGAAUUUUCGAAGAAAACAUAACUUCGAGCAAUCGUACCUUUAACGGAACCGUCAAUCACACUCUGGACGCGACAAAUCUACCCGACGUGGAUAUCAAACCCAAGGAGUACUACAUGUGGAUUUACACCAUUUUCAUAUUUAGCUCGGUGAUAUUCCUGACGUUAAGAUCGUUUUUGUAUUACAUCAUUUGCAUGAAAGCGUCGAAGGUACUGCACAAUAAGAUGUUCACGAACGUCUUGCGAGCACCCAUGAGAUUCUUCGAUACGAAUCCAUCGGGUCGAAUUUUGAGCCGAUUUUCGAAAGAUAUGGGCGCUAUGGAUGAACUUCUACCGCGCUCUUUAAUUGAAGCAGUACAAGUGUUCCUAUUGCUGAUCGGUAUAUUAGCAAUGGUCUUUAGUGUUAUUCCGUGGAUGGUCAUUCCAACCAUCGUUCUUGGAACAGUCUUUUGUUGGUUUAGAGUGAUAUAUUUGAAAACAUCGCAAGCUAUUAAACGAUUAGAAGGAACAACUAAAGCACCUGUGUUCUCUCAUCUAUCGGCUACUCUUUGCGGAAUACCUACAAUCAGAUCGGCGAAUGCUCAACAAAUGGUUACCAAAGAAUUCGAUGUGCUACAAAAUCAACACACGAGCACUUGCUUUCUGUUCAUAAUCAGUAGCGUUUCGUUCGGUUUUUAUCUCGAUAUGAUAAGUACUACUUUCCUAGCAUUGCUUACCUAUCAAUUCGUACUGUUCAACAACGGACAAUUUCUUAGCGGUAAUGUCGGCCUGGUAAUAUCCCAAAGUUUGAUUUUAACAGGUAUGUUGCAGUUCGGUGUUAGGCAAAGCGCCAAUGCGGCAAGUAAUAUGAUUAGCGUCGAACGAAUUAUGCAAUAUACGAAACUAGAUAGAGAAGGUCCCUUCGAAACAGUAGGUAACAAACCGCCGAGAGAUUGGCCGGUUAAAGGAAGAAUAACGUUCAAGAAUACUUACCUUAGGUACGCUAUGGAAUUGCCGCCUGUAUUAAAAAAUAUAAACAUAUGUAUUGAACCCUCCGAAAAGGUUGGUAUAGUAGGAAGGACAGGUGCUGGUAAAUCAACGUUAAUUUCUUCGAUAUUUAGACUAGCGCCUAUAGACGGUACGAUUUGUAUAGACGACGUUGAUACAAGCAAAAUCGGUCUAAACGAUUUAAGAUCAAAUAUUUCGAUAAUUCCACAGGAACCGGUGUUAUUCUCAGCUUCCCUGAGAUACAAUUUGGAUCCCUUCGAAAGGCAUUCGGAUGAAGAUUUAUGGAAUGCGUUAGAGUAUGUUGAAUUGAAGGCGGCCUUUCCUGAUCUAAAUGUGAUAAUCAGCGAGGGUGGAUCGAAUCUUAGCGCCGGUCAAAGGCAAUUGAUUUGCCUAGCUAGAGCCAUAGUAAAGAAUAAUAGGGUCUUAGUCAUGGAUGAGGCAACAGCCAACGUCGAUCCGCAAACUGACGCACUUAUUCAAAAAACUAUUCGCGAGAGAUUCAAAGACUGCACAGUUCUUACGAUUGCUCAUCGACUUAAUACCAUCAUGGACUCGGAUCGAGUAUUGGUUAUGGACGCCGGAGAAGUCAUUGAAUUCGAUCAACCGUAUAUCCUGCUGCAAAAUCCAGAGAGUUUCUUCUCCAAAAUGUUAAAGGAGUCUGGACCCGCUAUGGAGGAUAGUUUGAAGCGCGUGGCUAAAAAGGCUUACUUUAAGAAAAAUACCUUGCCGAUAGAGAAUGAGGUCAAUAAGAAAAUUGAUUGA